GGCACUAUACUUAACGAGAAAUUGAGGUCGUGAUCGUCGGGUCGGAUAGGCUAAGUUUCUAGACCUUGUACUCCUUUUUGUACAUCCUUUACUUCCAAUAAAAAAAAAAUGGAUCGUGAUAUGACUAAACGAUGAGGCCGGACGUAUUUUUUAUUUCUCAAGUAGUAUGACUCAAGGGCUUGUCAGAAAUACUUUCCAUCGUAAUAAAGCAUAGACGAAAUUCAACAGGCUGUAACUUUCGCAAUAGUGAUACUAUCGAGAUCGUUCAAAAAUAAAAACUGUUGCAACCGUUCUGUCCAAGUGAACACAAGGUUUUAUAUAAAAUGAGUAGGUGCAGCUUGACAAAAGACAAAAACUUGUUAAAGAAUAUCAUAAAUAUAUUGAUAGCGUAUUCCCCUGAAGCAUAUCAAUUAUAAAUUGAAAGAAUUGCAAGUGUGCCAGCUAUCAUGUAUCUCAUUCUUUCAAAAAAUAACGUUUUUGUGUGGAACGCUGAUGAUUGGUUGAAGCUUCGACAGGAUCACAGAGUACUUGGCGAUUUAAUAGGAUCCUUCCCAAAAUCAACUAGACAAGAUGUAUUUUUAGGUCUCCCAUUGCUUUUACUACCAGAAGAAGUGACUCUUUUGCUUGAAAAAAACAUUGCUUGUCUUGUACAAAAUCAUAGUUUGGGAAAACCACCAACUGUGUCAUUGAGUGAAAAAUUUGAAGAAUAUAGAAAUACUUUAUUCAUAGAACAAGCAGAAUGUCUAAGGAAAAAUAGAAGUAAACAGAUUACUUCUCUAAUGGACAAGAUUGUAGAAGGAAAAAAACGUAAGAUGCUAGGUUUGCACACAAACAAGAAGAAGAUGAGAAAGACUUUAGAUAAGAAAACACAGGAAGCAUUAGACAGUAUUGAGAUUAAUACUCAAAAUUUGCUUGAAGAAGAAUUGGCUAAACUACCCAAAUUAACUAAAAACGAAGCAUUUGUUCAAACACAUACAGCAUAUCCAUGGUUUAACCGUGAUGAUAUAGAAAUAGUACAAUGGAAAUAUCCAUUUACUUCUGAUCAGCAAGUUAAAUAUAAAGUAUACAAGGAUCUUUGGGAAAGAGGAUAUUAUAUUACUAAUGGUGAUAAGUUUGGUGGUGAUUUUUUAAUAUAUCCAGGUGAUCCAAUAAUGUUCCACUCACAAUUUAUCAUACAAUGUCAAUGCAAGGAUGAAGAAAUAUCUGUUAUAGAACUUGUUGCAAAAUGUAGGAUUAGUUGUCAUGUUAGGAAAACAUUAGUUCUUGCUAUGUAUUGCAAAGAAGAAGACAGAGUAAAGUAUCAGUCCUUACAAUGGGCAGGAAGCAAGACACUCGAAAAUAGCUGACAUAAUGAAGAAAGUACAUAAUUGCUUGAUGAAAAUAAUAUUCAUUUGUACUUGCAACCAUCUUUCUAUCACAAGCAAUUAUUAUUGGUUAUACAUACUUUGUAAUAUCUACUUAUAAUCUCACUUUUGUGCAUUAUGGAAGUUAAUUGAAACUAUAUAUAUUUCAACUUGCACUUUCCUGGCAAUUUUUAUUGUACACUAUUGUAUAUUAUGAAUAUAAUAAUAAUAAUUAAUGAAUAUAAAGAAGGAUAAAAUGACAUACGAGAGGGAAUUAUAAUUUCUGAUAACAAAGUGUGAUUAAUAAUAUAUUCAUUAUACAAUCAUCA